CCGUUCUCAUCCCUUGCUUGCCCAAACUCGUCUCUGCAAGCUGCCAUCAACGAAAGCUCGCUUGCUCCGGCUCAAGAUGCAGACCGAAUACUUGCAAAGCUGGAGCGCUUGCCGAUAUUGCCAGGCGCUCUCGUUCCAAAUCGUAUGGCUCGAGCGCUGCCUAUUGUUACGCGAGACCAGCUGAAGAUGCUGUGUGACCACACUUUGAGUGCCUCCCUCAGUAUAAGCAUGUUGGCGGAAAGCUUCUCGUCUUCGUUCCUUCCCUUACUGGCCUUGGUCUUAUUCUAACCCACACAGAAGUCAUGCGCUUACUUCGUACUGAUUCAGGUCUCCUGGAGGAAAAGAACGAAUAUGUCGAGGAUUUUAAAUACGCGAUUCUCUCACAUACAUGGCUACGCCAAUCGGAAGGAGAAGAGGUCCUCUUCGCUGAUCUGACCGACAUGACUAAAGCGCGACAAAAAGCUGGCUGGAAAAAGCUCGAAUUUGCGAUCGCCCAGGCCGCAAAGGAAGGACUGCAAUAUGUGUGGAUUGACACUUGCUGCAUCAACAAAGAAAGCUCUGCCGAGCUAGCGGAGGCUAUCAACUCCAUGUAUCGAUGGUAUCAGAAAUCCGAAAUUUGUUAUGUCUAUCUUGACGACUAUCAAGACUCUGCCUCGAUGGGUGACUGCCGCUGGUUCAAGCGUGGCUGGACUUUGCAAGAAAUGAUCGCCUCUCCGAACCUCCUCUUCUUCGACGAAUCUGGAGAGAGCAUUGGACAUCUAAGCGAUCUCAUUCAACAAGUCUCAGCAAUCACUGGCGUGCAUCAGGACCUUCUCAGUGGUCAACGCUCGCUUUCGACAUUCAGCAUUGCUCAAAAGAUGUUCUGGGCUGCUAAUCGUGAGACGGCGCGGAUCGAAGAUCGUGCGUAUUCACUGCUCGGUAUUUUUGAUAUCAGCCUCCCAGUCAUCUAUGGCGAAGGGAGCCGCGCCUUUCAGAGACUUCAAGAAGAACUCAUACGAGUGUACAACGACCAGUCCAUUUUCGCAUGGGGCCUCGCAGACGCCGCUCGUCCACACAGUCCACACAGAAAGGACAGAAGUCUCCUUGCUCCGUCCCCUGAUGCGUUUGCAGCUGCCGUCCACUCGAAAUUGGCGGUUGUCAGAGGACAAGGUUAUCAGAAACAGUGUGAGGUGCUUGGCAGGAACAUACGUUUCAAUCUGCCCCUCUUCGACAUGCCCCGAUGGGAUGGAAUUGGGAAAGAUUACACGCACUACGCGGUCCUCAAUUGUUAUAUCGAGGACAGCCCAAACCAGUGCGUUAGUAUGGAAUUGUUCAGUGCGGGCUAUGGAGAUCUCGUUCGCGAGUCUGCUGGCUACUGUGACAUAGUGGAUGCAUCGCAGCGUUGCACCAGCUGGCCAUUUACUGUCUUACGAAACUUUGACAAUGCAGGGAUGCACAUCGAGGACUAUGUCCAGCAAACGAAGGGCCCAAUGCUUUUGAUCCGAAGCUGCGCCAACGAUCCAAGUAUUGGAAUCGAUUCUGGAGAGGGUACUGUGGUACUGGAUUCAUCGCCACCGAGAAUUAUUCUGCGCGAUGCCUGGGACGCGGGUCAAAAGCUGUUCAGAUUUCCCGUCUGUACGAAUCCGCUGUCGCCGGAACAACCUUCACAAGGCAGGCUCAGCCUACCAUCCUAUCUUGAUGGCGCAGUGACCAUAACUCUAGAUGGUGUGGCCUGCGUCAAAGUCAACAUUUGCGUGUUUCCCGAGUCUCUACCGGAUGGCUCAUUCGCUUUCACAAAACAAUCACGAUUUGACUUACGCUACGAAGCUCUACUGGGAAGCGCUGGCUUUUCCUUUCGAGUACCCAUGUCUUCACGGAGGUUCUACUUCCUGCUGAUGCGCCGCAAGUUCAAGAUCCUCAUAACUGGAGUAAAUCGCCACAGACCUCUCCUUCAGAACGAAGACCGCUUCCAGCUCAUCGAAUUCUCAUGCAGCAGUCGCAAGGGGACAUCAUCUUUGCUAUCGUCGCUUUUGGCCGUGCCUCCGCUCAUCAUCUACUCGCUGCUCGUAUGGCCGUUUUGGUGGUUCUUUCCAUUUUUCCACGAAUUCCGGGUCUGGUGGAGGCUAUUCUUGGUGACCGGAAUUGUUGCAACAACGGUGUCCAUUACAGUGUUGAUUCUAGAUGACGAUACUAAGGCAAACAAAGGAACGUAUGGCGUGGUCAUGGCCUUCAUCGAUGGAGUACUUGGCUUACUACUUUUCCUAUCCUUAUAUCCGAGGAUCAAACCCAUGUUGGAGAAAAUCUAGUUCCGGCAAAGACGUGUGCAGGGACAUCUCUUGUUAGCCAUAUACAAACUAUGGAGAACACAACGGCGUAGAUUCACGCAGGACGGCAUACAAGGCGCGUACAAUGGUACGGAAAGCACAGGUGCUCAGUGGAAAUCACAGACUGUCACCUGUGACAAUGAGAAGCCGUAUUACCGCAUCCAUGGCCAAUACGAAUCUGCAACAUGAUCAGUGCAUGCCAAGAAGACGGAUUGCGCCUACCGCCUGGCAUUUGAAAUUGUCACAAUUGCAACAAGUAAUCCUACCAUAGGCUUCUACCUCAACUACUGCUUCACACUCAACCCAAUUGAGCUGAAAUACGCACACCUCUCCUGC